CGGUCAAGUAUAAUUAGUAUCUUUAUUACAUUAGCUAAAACUUAUUUGUUUUUAUUCAUUUCUAUCACAACAAGAUGGACUUUGCCAAGGUUCAGAAUGGACCAAUUAUUAAAUCUUGGAUGGAAAUUUCUCUUACCUAUUUCUCUAGGUAAUCUAUUAUUAACAACCUCAUCCCAACUUAUUUGGUUAUAAAUAUGAUAUCUUCUAUUCACGACCUCUUUCAAACAUCAAACAAGAGAAAGAAACCAAUAUACAAUUUUUAUACAUAUUCACUAUAUGUUCCCUAUGGUAACUGGGUUCAUGAAUUAUGGUCAACAAACAGUACGAGCUGCAAGGUACAUUGGUCAAAGUUUCAUGAUUACCUUAUCCCACGCGAAUCGUUUACCUGUAACUAUUCAAUACCCCUAUGAAAAAUUGAUCACAUCGGAACGGUUCCGGGGUCGAAUCCACUUUGAAUUUGAUAAAUGCAUUGCUUGUGAAGUAUGUGUUCGUGUAUGUCCUAUAGAUCUACCUGUUGUUGAUUGGAAAUUCGAAAUAGAUAUUCCAAAAAAGCGGUUGCUUAAUUACAGUAUUGAUUUAGGAAUCUGUAUAUUUUGCGGUAAUUGCGUUGAGUAUUGCCCAACAAAUUGUUUAUCAAUGACUGAAGAAUAUGAACUUUCUACUUAUGAUCGUCACGAAUUGAAUUAUAAUCAAAUUGCAUUGGGUCGUUUACCAAUGUCAGUAAUUGACGAUUCCACAAUCCGAACAAUUUUGAAUGCGUCUCAAAUCAAAUAAAAAAUAGAAAAAUUAUUUAAUUUAAGAAAAGAAAUAAGGUUCAGUUUUGAUCUACAAAAAUGAGGUUUUUCUUUGGUCAAAAACUACACAAACUGUGUAUUGAUUGGUGUGAAUCGCGAUUGAAUUUGGACUGAAAAUCCAUUUUGUCUAGGACUGAUUUCAAAAUAAAAAUAUAGAAAUUAUUCUUUCGUUUCACAUUUCAGAUAAAGAAAAAUAUUUGUUGUGCUUACAGCAAUCUAUAUCUAUUGACAUAUAAUUCAAUUCAAAAUUUCUAAGUAUUAAAAAAUAGAAAAACUUUUUCCUGGUCAGGUCAACAAAGUCAUGAUAUUUCAUUUAUUUUUUUAUUAUUUUC